AUCAGGCGCACGAGCAAGCAGGAGCACGAGCAAGCAAGCCAGCGCUUGUCCGCGGCUGGGCCGCUGCGAGUGCGCGGCCAUGUGCACCUAGCGCAGGCUGCCCUGGGUCGGGGGCGCGGCCAGGGCGCGGCUGACCUGCGGGGCAAAGUGCAAACAGCGGUGCAGAUGUUACAUCAGGCUCCUAUGUAAGGAAACCACUGUGAUCAUUUGUCAUGGCGUAUGGCUUGCCAAGAAGGAACACAGUACAAACCAUUUUGAAGGGCAGCUGUUAUAAAGUACAGGAGCCAUGGGACCUUGCGGAGCUCACAAAGACCUGGUAUACAAACUUGACGAGCAUCAGGCUGCCAUUCUUGGGAGAAAUCGUAUUUGGUAGUCCUAUGAAUCUCUUGGCAAGCCAAACCAAACAGGAAUGCCAGCUUCCUUCAAUGCAAUCCAUGACACUUGAAAAGGAGUAUGAAACAAAGCGCCUAGCAAAACUGAAGUGUCAGGAGAAUGUGUGUAAAGAAAUCCAGGUUUCGCUGAGGGAAAAGAAAGUCGGCCUGAGAAGACCACUUCAGCCUAAGUGACUCAACAUAUUGUUGAAGCUGAACCUGUUUCUGGCAUCCCUGGGGAUGAAGCUCUUGGACUCUUUCAUAGCGUCAAGUCGACACAGCAGUGUGCCUAUGGCGAUGAGGCCAAUGUUUCCAGACACGGCUCCGUGGACACUGUGACAGAGCCCCCAGGUUCCUGCUACACUCUUGUUCUUUGUGUCCCAUACAGCAGCCCUCCCUGUAAGUAGAUGAAAACACAUCUGGAGUUGA